AUGGAUCUAGUUCUACGAGCUAGUGAGUUCGGUUUUCCUUCCUACCUUCGUCGUACACAGGUCCUGCCAGAUAGCCUCGCUUUCAAUAUUCCUUCCGAGAUGCUACUGAAUCCUGUGGGACCAAUUGAAUUUCAUAUUCCCACUUACGUAAAGAACCUCAUUCAACUUGCCAUGGUGAAAUCGGAACGCAUUGUCACUCAGGAAAAUUUGAUGGAGUCAACCAAACAUGUUUGGCUCAACUCAAUUCGUCCUGCUAAUUUCCAGAAUUUCAUUCAGCCACGUGCACUUCGUUUGCUCAUAUACGAUGAAACUGCAAUGAUGGAUGCCGAAAAGACGGCAAGAGCAGGUACAAUCAAUGUAGCCCUGGUGAACUCCUACAGCUACCCCGCUAACUCAACCCAAAAUAUCCCACUUUCCAUCAUGGCAAUGAGUGGAUGGCGACUUCUUUUCUGGACAGCUGUUUCACAAAUGCCCAACUUCUACCACACUUUGUAUCAACAUAAAAGCGAGGAUUACGUAACCUCAAUUCGAGCUCCAUCAAGAUUAGACGAGUUGAGCAGCACAUUUCUCUUUCACCUCUGCGCUCAAAUGCGUCAAGACAAAUCACUCCUGGAAACCGAUAUCCCCGGUGGAUUUUGUCCCAAUCCUUGUGCCACAUCACCCUGUCUAACUUUGCCUCAUACUGCCGGGCAACAGUGUCAUUUGACUGGGAGAGGUUUAUUCAUGAACGACUUCGGAUGUGAGUGUCUUCCGGGAUUCAAGUGGGCAGCUGCUGUAACUGGGAGUAAGGAAGAGGCUGAGGAGACUGAAGUUAGAACUCCUCUUUCGGACGAGAUCGGAGCUUGUGUUGCGAUUGAUAUCUGCGAGUCGUACUGCGAUCCUCUUGGUACACGCCGAUGUGAUGUGAUUCCUGGAACAAGUACUGCUAUCUGCCUCUGUAAGCUUUCGGAUAAGGAAAUGAUGCCAGGAAAUAUGGCCUGCAACACGGGUCAAGGAGGGUUAUGUAUUCCCACUUUAGGCAGUGACUUUUAUGAAUGCCGGUGUGCCUCUUCUUGGACAAAAGAUACUGGCCUCGAUUUCGAUAACUGUCUUGGUCUCAAAGACAAAUGUGCUUCCGAAGUCUGCGUUCGAGGCGACUGUAUAUCAUCUGCAGACGGUUCUAAUAUGAUCUGUCUGUGUCCUGAGGAGGCCUACGGUGAACGCUGCGAAAAUCUUCGUGGGAACUGGGGUCAGUGGAGUCCAUGGUCAGCGUGUUCCCCAGCCUGCGGAAACAAAAAGAUCCGUUACCGCGAACGAGUGCGUGGAUGCCUCCAUGGCGACACGUGUCAAGGUGGCAGGCGUCGUCAAGUAGAAGCAUGCCCAGAGAAUCUACCCUGUCCUGAUGAGUUGGUUAUGUUGGGCCUGGGUCCUGAAGCUCUGGCACAGCAGGAUAUGCUUCAGGGGGAAGAAGCACAGCCGAACUUUGAUUUGCAACAAGCUUAUGCUCUAAAGCGCCGGCGGUAUAGCAUGUUAACACAAGCUCUCAAAUUUGUGUUCCUUCUGCUUUGUGCCUUUGCCAUUGUCUCCACAACCAUCAUGUUCGCCUACGCUGUGUUGUACUAA